GAAUCCUGUAUCCUGUCGUUUGUUUUUCUCCGUGUAGCAGAGUCAGGUUAGAUGGACACACAAAGGUGCAAAGAGGACAUGCAUGAAAGAGUCCACACAUUUGCAGCGGGACGAUAGAGAAAGAAUGAUCAUAUCUGAAGAAUGAACAGCCUCCAGCAGGAAGUGACAUCCACCCAGGAAACAGAGUUUUCCGGUUCAACCCCGAACACAGAGAAGAAGAUCAUCCACUUCUCCAGCGGUGAAACCCUGGAGGAGGAAGACAGUGAGGAGGAAGAGGAGCAGCCCUCAAACAGGCCUCAGAGAGAGCCCACAGAGAGGAAUCGCUUCUCAUUCAAGAAUGUGGCCGUUCUAGUUGGGAGGAUUUCACUGCUGACUUGUGAUUUCCUUGGAGAGCGACUUGCCGGUGCACUUGGACUGAAUGCAGCCAAAUACCAGUAUGCUAUAGAUCAAUAUCAGCGUGAUCACAAGAAACCGAGCAGCCAGGCCUCAGGCGGCCUCAUGGAGGGACAGGGGGAGAUGAUCCACCUCUCUCCUCCACUGGAUGGGAGUCAUUACGGAGCUACGGGAGACGCAGGAAGGCCGGCUGAUGUCCAGGGGAGCUGUGACGAGAAACGCAUGAGCAGGAAAGAUGGAUACCACAACAGAAGCUAUCAGGCAGAUGAGGAUCAUUUGAAGUAAAAGAAAGAGAAGCACAGAAGCAUUGAGAGUUGUUAAAGGAUGGUGGGACUGUUUGUGUAGUAAGGUAAUGUUACAACAAGAGAACGUGAAGGAUAAAAACACUGACACAGUGAA